GUGGGGUGGUGGGAGUGGUUGGGGGUAGGUUGGGUGGUAGGUGGAAUGCAUAGUGGACUUGUUUUCCCUACUUUUAUUGGGGAAGUCAUUUUCCCCAUUUUUAAGGAGCUUGUUUUCCUCAAGAAAAUGUUUUCCAAAAUUUUUGACCAAACGAACAUGAGAAAAUUGGAAAAAAAUGUUUUCCUCCAUACCGAACACACCCCUAAUGGCCCUAAAAUGGGAACUCCAUAAAGAAUAAACAAAACUCUGUUUCUUUUCAUCUUAAACUGUCAGUGGCUAAAGAACUCACUUUUACUGAAGUUAAAUAAGUCAGAAGCAUACCUAGCCAGUACAGUGAGUCAUUAGGAUAGUUCUCUGGUGUUAUUAGAGUUAAGACAAAGAUUAAGAUGCCAACUCAUAGUUUCAUGAAAGCUGUCUGCUCAUUUGCCCGUUGGCAAGCUUUACAGCCCGUUGAAGUAAUUCCGCUGCAUGGGAAAAUUCAAUCUUAACAAGGUGGCAGCAGUUUCAGGUGAUGCACGCCGUGCACUAGAAAUAUGUAGGCGAGCUGCGGAACUUACAGAUUAUCAUGCUAAGAAAUUGCUUUUAAUUCCCAGUUCUGCUGCAGCAGGUAAAAUACUUGUCAGAAUGGCAGAUGUCGAAGCAGCCAUUCAAGAAAUGUUCCAGGCUCCUCAUAUCCAAGUGAUGAGAAGCUGCUCCAAACUGAGUAAAAUUUUCUUGGCAGCUAUGGUAUAUGAGGGUCAUAAGACAGGGAUGAGUGAAACCACCUUUGACAAGUUGGCAAUGACUGUUUCCUGCCUCUGUACAAGCAAUGGUGAAAAGUUUCCAGGGUGGGAUAUGCUUCUAAAAGCUGGAUGCAAGCUUGGUGAAUGUAGAAUACUUCUAUGUGAACCUGGAGUAAAGCAUAAAUUGCAAAAGAUACAGCUCAACUUCCCAAGUGAUGAUGUUUCUUUUGCACUUAAAGACAGCAAGGAGUUGCCAUGGUUGGCUAAGUAUCUCUGACUUGUGGAUGUUCAAGUUUGGUUGCAAUUCUUUUUCCUUCUUGGAUACUCAUUGGUUCCAUAUCCUUGUUUACGAGCACUCAGUUCACGUCUAACCUGAAGAUUCUUCACAAAAACAGUCCUGUUUUCCUUGGCAUCUAUGAGCUUGUUAACAUUAUUUAUAUGGACCAGUUUUAUACUCGAUUAAAAUUGAUACGGACUUAUUUGAAUGUGUUAUGAGGAUGUUUCUCCAACUGCCUGAGUAUGGAGAAUCUGUAUAUUUAAUUGUUUCUCCAGACUAAAAAAUAUGAAAUUUAAGAGUAUUGUGAGAUUCUGCUGA